UGGGUUUGCCUUCUCACUCUCACUCUGGUUGGCCAUUCACUACAAAAGGCCAAAAUCUUCACAACCGUUACCCUCUCACGCCUUCACCACUUUACUCUGCUUCCACCUUUUCUCUCACUUAAUUUUUACCUUGAAAUCUCCCCUUCUCUUCUCUUUAAAACCUUCAUUACUAUCCCUCUCCGUCUACCCCCCCUCCUCUUCUUUCUCACUUUGUUCUCUCUUUCCGGUGGCUCUUGAAGUCGUCGUCGGGAAAUGUCGUCGUCUUCGGUCAGAAUCAAGGCCCAGAAUGGCUCCCUCGAAAAUAAGGAGUACCCAGAGCCCCUGGCAUCUCACGAAGAUGUUAUUGAGGAUUCGAUUACUUUUUGGGACACCCUCAGGCGCUUUCAUUUUAUAAUGGGCACCAAGUUCAUGAUUCCUGUGAUCGGAGGAAAGGAGCUAGAUUUGCAUGUGCUGUAUGUGGAGGCCACAAACAGAGGAGGUUACCAGAAGGUUGUUGCAGAGAAGAAAUGGAGAGAAGUUGGCAGUGUCUUCAACUUCUCUCCAACGACAACAAGCGCCUCUUUUGUUUUGAGGAAACAUUACUUCACUCUCCUCUACCACUACGAACAGGUUCAUUUCUUUAAAAUGCAGGGUCCACUGAUCACUCCACCGGGUGCAUUCCCUAUCAACGACCCUCCAUGCAGAAAUGAAUUGGCUCUCGUGGAGUAUUCUCCUAAAGCUGAAACACAUAAUCCUGACCCACCUACUGAAGGUUCUUCAUGUUUUUCAGCUACUGGCACAAUUGAUGGUAAAUUCGAUUGCGGUUAUCUGGUGUCUGUAAAACUGGGUUCAGAGACUCUGAAAGGAGUACUUUACCAUUCCCACUCAGAUCAGCCAGGCACAUCUAUCUCAUCUCCUCAAUACAUGGGUGCUAUCGUCCCGUACGACCAUACUCACAAGCCGCGCAAUGCUAGGAAGAGAAGAAGAAGAAGAAGAAGCAGAAGAGGGGAAGAUCCCAGCUACCCAAAACCCAACAGAAGUGGUUACAACUUCUUCUUUGCUGAGAAGCAUUAUAAGCUCAAGUCUCUGUACCCCAACAGGGAAAGGGAGUUCACGAAGAUGAUUGGCGAGUCUUGGAGCAAACUCAGCCCAGAAGAUAAGAUGGUUUAUCAGAACAUUGGACUAAAAGACAAGGAAAGGUAUAAGAGAGAACUGAAAGAAUAUAAAGAGAGACUGAAGUUGCAGCAGAACAUGGUGGUAGUUGAGAGGUGGGAUAUUAUACCUCAACAACUGGGUUAGAUGAAAAUAAUCGACAGUGAAACAAUUCAGGACCAGAAUUUGUGGAUGUCAAACUGUUAAAAGACUGUAAGGAAUGUUUUAGGGCAUGGAUAUAUAUAUAUAUAUAGUACAUACAUGCUAUGCUACAUAGUCAGAUGUUUAUAUAGUAUUGUAAACUUUUAAGAAGUUAUCCUUCAUUUACCCUUUAC